GUUGUCUCAGUUUGGCUUGCAAAAAAGCCGGCGUUUUUCGUGAUUGUAUAGAGAAUGUCCUGCAUUUAUGAUCAUAAAUGAUCACAUUUGUCCUUUUCUCUCUCAUUUCACGGCCACGUGUAGAAGAUUUUGUGGAAAUCAUUGAAUUUUUCUCAGAAAAGCGGAAAGCGGCAUCUUGUGGUGUCUAUGCUGUCAGUGUGCAUAACCUAAUUUUCGUAAAACAAGCAGAAGCUUCCGUUCUGCAGGAAAAUAAUCCUUUUUAUCAGUUUCUCGUAUAAAUUAUUGUUAUUUUUCAUGGUAGUUCGUUGAAGAGACUGUUGGAUAGUUCCCUCUUUGUACAAGUUUGGUUUCACUGUGGUUUUCAGAGGUCAUUUAGUGGCAAUAAAACUGGGAAGAUGAGCGAGCCACUUUCGUCGGAUAUGGAAUGCCAGGAACCCCCGGAGGGUGUUGUGGAGAGCCCUCAGAAGCUAGAGGAAAAACCCACAGAUGUGCAUAAGACGGAGGAGAAAAAUCUUAGCGAUACUCUAGAUGAUAUUGACUGGAACUUUGUAGAUUCUGAAGAUGACAAAGAGAGCGUCGUUUUGAAUAAACAAGCACUAGAAGAAUCAUCACAUAAGACUGACGAUGUUUUGGAUGAGCUCCUGAAUGAGGGCGUGAGAGAAUUAGAAGAAGCGAAGGUUCAUGAAGUCUCUGAAGAACCGGUGGAUGAAGAAGUGACACAAAAUGGGGGUGAAAUUGAUCAGGAAACUCCCUUGAAGGGCAAUGAGGACAUAGAUAAAGAAGACACGGUCAAGGAUGUGGAUCUGGAAGUAAGCCAGAAUAGUGAGAUGGACUUGGGAACUGCUGAAGAUGAGGAACUCGAGAAGAAAUGGAAGGAACUCUUCGCUGAGGACGAGAAAAAUGAGAAAACAACUCUGGAGAAAACAGAAGAUACAAUUUUGAAAUCAGUAAAACUUGAAGAUGAUGUCAAACCUGAUCCUGACACUGAAAAAGAAAUUGUAGAGGCAUUUGCAAUUGAGGGAUCCUCCGAAAACUUUCCUGAAGAGAUGAAAGCAGAACCAGAUGAUGAGAAAAUCACUGAAGAAAAUCAGAAACCUGAAAAUACUGUUUGUGAAGUAGUUAAGGAUACUCCGGAAGAGAAAGCUGAAUCUGAGGAAAUUGAUAAACCUGAAGUAGCUCCAGAGAUUCCCUCCCAGGUGAUUGAGAAUCCGGAGAAAGAGCCAGACAAGCGGCCGAGCGUCACUGAGGAUAACAGCAGUAUGAGCAUGGACUUGAUAGAGUCCAGCGACAUGCCCAGCGAUCGUGGAGACGCCGUUGAGGAUGAUUCCACGCCGAUGGACAUGGAAGUAGACGAGACGGCGAAUGCUGAGUGGCCGGUGAAUAACUUCGGGCAGAAGGACAAUACAGAGGAGAAGCCGCAGAAGCCCAAACACUACGAAUGCAUCAAUGUGGCGUGCAAAAGUCAAAAUGGUGUGGAGUAUGCCGUCGCGCUGGGCUUCAUUGUGAGCUUCUACAGCACGAAAAAGCGCAAGAAGAUACAGUACGUGUGCCAGGAGUGCCACGAUGUGGCCAUAAGCCAGAUGAAGAAGUACUGCAGUGUUCUGAAGGCGCACAAGCCUCUGUUCCAUCACUUUCCGCAGCACACGGAUGUUGUGGAGAUCUCAGACAGCAGUGAUGACUCGUCGCCGGAGGAUGAGAUUGUGCAGAGUAUGAGGAAGCCUCUGAGCGAGGCGGAGAAGACUUUGGUGGAGCAGAGUCUCGACGAGAUUAUCAUUGCCACGAUGGAGAAGGUGAAGAUCAACCAACAAUUCGAGUGGACGAAGAAGGAUCUCGGAGACAGAGUGAGCAAGCUGGAUAGCUCCCAUGCUCAGUUGAGUGCUGAGUUCCAGAAGAUCCAGAAAGUGGCGGACGGGCUGUUCAAGAGCUUGAAUAGUAGGGAGAAGCGCAUGACUCAGCAUGAGCCUCCGAUUCACAUUUACACGGAAUUCCCGGCGCCGGAUGAUGAUAAGCAUGUGGUGCACUACCGGAUGAUUACGGAAAAGGGUGGGGCGACACUGACUCCAUCGCCUGCGAUGCAGGCAAGUGCGGCAACGCAGGCCAUGCAACAAACACUGCCUAUCCAGCCGGCGGCUCCAGUUAUGCCCACAGGUCAGAUGACAAUGGCCAGCAUUAAGCCAACGGGCGAAGUGAAGGUGGGCACGGUCUACUAUGGGAUGCGCACGCAGCUGACAAAGCCCUGGAACCACUGCGAGGUGUUGAACAAGUUGCAGCAGGGCGGAGUGGACUCUGAGACGCGCUACCAGGUGAAAUUUAUACGGCAUCAGCAAGAGGGAAUUCUCACGGGGAAGCAACUUGCAUUCGCGGAGGCGCCCACACAGAAACUCCCCGUCGGCUGUCGCGUUCUGGCGAUGUUCAGCAAUAUGAAACGGAAGCUCUUCUACCCGGGAAUCGUGGCGGAACCCAUGCAAGAGACCAACAACUUCCGAUACUUGAUCUUCUUCGACGAUGGCUACGUGCAGUACGUUUACUCUAAGGAUGUGAGGCGCAUUUGCAGGGUUUCGGAGAAUGUUUGGGAUGACGUGAAUCCAAAUUCGAGGGACUUCAUCAAGAACUACCUGCAGGAGAAUCAGUAUCAGCGCGCCGUGGCGCAGGUGAAGAUUGGACAGAAGAUUGAAGUGGAGAGGAAUGGAAAGUGGGUGUCUAUGAGAGUGGCGAAGGUGGACGCGAGUAUUAUUUUGGUGUACUACGAUGACUACACCGAGUGGAUUUACAGUGGAUCACAGAGAUUGCUGCCCAUCUACAGAAUGAAGAUGGACUCGAGAUUGUCGACUGGGAAGAAACUGCAGACUCGCAAUGAACCUUAUGUGAGUUUCAGGAAUGUCGAUGAUGAUACUCAACGUGCUACGGAGCAGCGCAGACUGGAGGAGGAUUCGAGGGAAGUGACCAAAGACCAGACGCGAUCCGUGGCGAAGAAGAGCACCCAACCGCCGGCGCCGGUGAAUCAGCCGCAGAAGCAGCUGAUGAACAACAGCACAAUCUUCCUGGAGGAUGACAAUUAUCCCAAGGGCAAGGUGAUCUUCUACACGGCAAAGUUCAACAUGCCGCCGAAGAGCUACACGCCGCACAACUGCAAUCCCGACUGCUUGUAUCGCAUCUCGUAUGAUCUCAACCUGUACAAUCCGCUGGCGAAGCCUCUGCUCUCGGGCUGGGAGAGGAAGAUCUAUCGCGUGAAGGCGCGUCGCUAUGUGGUGUACAAGGCGCCCUGCGGACGCAGCUUGCGGGGCAUUGAUGAGGUGCACACCUAUCUCAGAUUCACAGACUGCAAUCUCAAUGUGGACAACUAUGACUUUGAUCCCGCCGUGCACUGCCUGGCUGAGUACGUCAUUGAUUCGGCUAUUGUGAGGAAGAGUGACAUCAGCAACGGGGUGGAGAGCAUGCCAAUCGCCUGCGUGAAUUGCUACGAUGACACCGUGCCGCCGACGUGUAUCUAUGCAAAUCACAGGAUCCCCACUGAAGGUGUCAAUCUCAAUUUGGAUCCGGAGUUCCUCUGCGGCUGCGACUGCACUGACGACUGCAUGGACAAGAGCAAGUGCGCCUGCUGGCAGCUCACGAUAGCCGGCGUGAGGUGCUUGACGCCCACUGUGGAUCCCAACACUGUCGGCUACACUUACAAGAAGCUCUAUGAUCCAGUGCCAACGGGGAUUUACGAGUGCAACUCUAGGUGCAAGUGCAAGAUGAACUGCCUGAAUCGCGUGGUGCAGCAUCCGCUGUCGCUGAAGCUGCAGGUCUUCAAGACGGCCAACAGAGGCUGGGGCCUGCGCUGUCUCAACGAUGUGCCCAAGGGCCAGUUCAUCUGCAUCUACGCGGGCCACCUGUUGACGGAGCAGAAGGCGAACGAGGGUGGCCAGAAUCACGGUGAUGAGUACUUUGCCGAGUUGGACUACAUCGAAGUGGCGGAGGGUAUCAAGGAGGGCUAUGAACCAGAAGCGCCAGAAGAGGACUCCGCAUCUGAUCGAGAUGAUGUUGAGUACAAUCCGAAGCGCCGGCGCGGAAGCGAUUCCGACGACGACUACUUCUCGGUGAACACAGCCGUGGUGCAGAAGACCAUCAAGACGCGCUCCAAAACCAGGCGAUCCGACACAACGGGACACAAGUCGAUGGCGAGCGGGGCAGCGAGGGUUCAAGGAGGUGAGAGGAAUGCCAACGAGGACGUAAUUGCGAUAUCAGAUGAUGAGGAUGAACGCAUUCCGCAGAGCUUCGAGCCCAAUAUUUCAAUAGAGAAGGAGGACAUGCCGUCCAAGAAGGCACGAGGAUUGCGACGUAUGUUCGGCAAGGGCGAAGAUGUUUAUGUGAUGGACGCCAAGAUUAUGGGCAACGUUGGUCGAUACUUUAAUCACUCCUGCUCGCCGAAUCUCUUCGUGCAGAACGUCUUCGUGGACACACACGAUCUGCGCUUUCCGUGGGUGGCUUUCUUCGCCAUGUGUCACAUCCGGGCCGGCACGGAACUCACGUGGAACUACAAUUACGACGUGGGAACGGUGCCUGGGAAGUUCCUCUUCUGCCAGUGCGGCUCCAAGAAUUGCCGCGGAAGAAUUCUCUAAUCAGCCCCCGUUCCUCGUCUGCAUUUCUCUAGAUAUCUUAUCGAUUU